AUGAGUACCUCAGUAUGCCUAUGGGAAAUAGCCCGUGAGAAUGUUCCAAAAGAUGUGAAAGUUUGGCUAGUCUCUCUCGAACAAGGCAUACAGCCCAACGCGACCGGGACUGAACAGAUCGAUGCGCUCAUUGAACAGACAUCUAAAAAGCAGAAAGAACUUGAAAAGUUCAAUCACAAGUUCAGGAGGUAUUUUGAUAAAAUCAUUCACUGGUUGGAUAAGUUCAAAGGAAUUGGUGAUGUCGUCUCUUCAUUUGAUCCCGUUCAUGCAGCCCUUCCAUGGGCCGCUUUCCGAUUCAUAUUGCAGGCUAUAUUGGCUGAACGAGAACAGGCAGAUAGCGUUCUUGACCUUCUCGCCUUAACCCCGCACUUCAUUUUCUCUGGCCGUGUUCUGGAAAUGGUGUACACAAAAGAGUCCAUGCACAUCGGGACAACUCAAGAUGAGACCAAACUCAGCCAACAGUGUCUUGAUAACUUGCAUAAGGAAUUGAUAAAGCUUUACUCGGAGCUACUAUGUGCCCUUCAGUAUUGCUAUGUGAUCUCGAACCAACACAAGGCCAAACGCAAAGCAACAGCCCUGUUCAAUUCAUCCGAGGUGACGAACAUCCAUAAGGAUCUGGAAGUACAGCACAAAAAGGUCCUGAAAUGCGGAGAAGAUUGCCACAAAUUCCUGAGUCACACUUUAUCGCGCAAAUCUCUCGACUUGUUGCAGAAGAUCCAGCCAACGCUCACCGAACUAGGUCAUCGAGUACAAGAACUCCUAGUUCGCAUCGAUGAGUCCGAACGACGCAAGACCCUUGAAGAUAUCUCUGCUAUCCUGUUUCAAGCUCAUCAUGAGGAAGUCAGUGGCAAGAGGACGGCGGGUACUUGCGAAUGGAUAUUGAAAAAAGAGAAAUUCAUUCAAUGGGAGGAAAGCCUUUCAUCAGUGACCAUUCUUUAUGGAAAUCCUGGCGCUGGCAAGACGUUUCUCAUCUCAAGAGUAGUCGACUAUUCCAUCGGGAAGGCUGAGCCAAGCGAGGCACUGGCUUUUUGUUAUUGCAAAAGGGACGAGGAGAAUCGACGGAAUCCUCGGGAUAUUCUCCGCAGCAUUCUUCGUCAGCUAGCCACGCCAAUCAGGGAAACCGGUGGCGGAAUGAUCCACAUGGCUCUCAAAGAUCUACCUAACACACUUGCACUCAACGGUACGAGCCUCGAUGUGUCAACCUGCGAGUCCUGGAUACAGAAGCUCAUCGAAGAUUAUUCCAAAACUACAAUUAUUGUUGAUGCGCUUGAUGAGUGUGACAGAAUCACUCGAGAGGAGCUUAUAAGGGUUCUCAGUAACCUGACGAAUGGGAGCGCAAAGCUUCGCGUUUUUAUCUCCAGCAGGCCUGAUGAGGACAUUCUGCGUCACUUCAAAGAAACACCCGUCAUGGAAAUGCAGGCAACAGAUAAUGAAGAAGACAUCUCAUCUUUUGUAGAGGAAACGUUGUUCCGAGACACUCGUUGGGGUGGCAUGAGUCCCGAGUUCCAGCAAAAAGUCAAAUCGGUGUUUCAUGAGAAAAGCCAAGGAAUGUUCCAAUGGGCAGCACUACAGGUUGAUCAGGUCCGUCGACUGAAACUCUGGAGCGAAAGGAGUAUCAGGGAACAACUCAAGACCUCACCCAUCGGACUCAAGGGCGCGUAUGAUGUGGUCUGGAAUCAGAUCCAAGAGAUGUCCCCGUAUGAAGAGCAACUUGCCAGGCGUGCGUUGCAAUGGGCUCUGUGUGCAUUCAGACCAUUAGAGACUUCCGAACUCUUGCUAAUGAUGCAGAUCGACCCCGACUCUGGAACGAUAGAGGCUGAUACGGCUUUUACGCCGGAUACUAUCCAGAGCAUCUGUGGAAACCUGCUUGUCUACGAUUUGCAGUCGAAUGUCUGGCGAUUCUCGCACUUAUCGGCGAGAGAAUACGUCGAGAGGUAUCAUUACAGCAUGCUUGAUUCGCAUCACCACGUUGCCAUCUGUUCAAUCAAGUUCCUCGAAAGAGACUUAAAAAGAGACUUUGGUCGCGAGCCGCUAUUUUCGUGGCACGACGAGGAACCUCCUCUGUGGGUCAUUGCGCCAAGCAGAUCUCAUCCAGAUGGUUCUUGUGUUAAAUUCACUGUUCAGUGCCACUAUAUAAUUAAGUACGUAUUCAGGCAUGUCCAUGAACUGGAUUUACCUAAGUACAGAUACUCUGAACUCUCCAACCUUUUAAGGAACCUCUUCGAACCUGUUUCCCAAGGUAGCUCGGCAUUCAAGGCUUGGAAGCGUCUCUUACUUGCAACCGAGAGAUUCGGAUAUCGCGCAGCAGAAAGAACCGCAGGGCGCAGAUUUCCUUUGCAAACAUCAUCAUCACCUCUUCAGGUGAUGUCCAUCUACGGAAUCUUUCAUAUUCUGAGAGACCAGUGGGAGACGGCUGGGGGAGAACUCGAAGUUUGCCGUAUGUUGACAGCGUCUCCUCUUACACUAGCCAUUAUGCAUGAGCAUGAAUCUAUCUGGAAAUUUCUAUUGUUCGCAAAUGUAGAGGUUAAUAGGGGAGCCCCGGGACCUCUCAUAGCAGCAAUAGAACGCGACAACAUGGAAGCUUUUGAGGCUUUACUCGAAGCUGGGGCAGAUGUGAACGAUGUGCACCGCCUUUUUGGGGAUAUCACGGGUCAAGAAAAUCCUAAUACAGUAAAGGCACAUAGCCCAUUGAUAGCUGCGUUGUGGCAUUCAAGAAAACAGCGUCGAAGAUACUUCAUACAGAGACUUCUUGAUGAAGGUGCAGACGUCAAUCUUUGGACACCACUCAAGCCUACUUUGCAGCUCGCUAUCGAGUAUGCCGAUGAAGAAACUGUUAGAGUUCUUCUCGGUGCAAACACAGAGAUGGAUGAUCCAGACCACCUCCUUCGUCUGGCGGUUCGGAACAAGAAAUUCAACCUGGUUCCAUUAUUCGUUGAGCUUGGCGCUAACAUAGAAGAGCCUUAUGAAGGAGCUUUGCCAUUAGUAUGGGCAUUGAGAGACGGGAAUCUACCGGUUGUUCGAUCUUUGUUGGAGAUGUCAGACACAUCGAUUGACCUAUCUUGUCCGGAUCAUAUGGAAGCAAUUUUCUCAGCCAUGUGGAAGGAGUUCGGCGGAGUAAGGAAGUCCCAUUAUUUCUUUGAAUCUAACCCUCAUAUUCCUUGGAUGGCCUGUCGGAAAUAUACCCUACGAAGGGCCUUAAGCUCGUGUCUCAAGUAUGAUUAUGAACUCCAUGGUCUGGGCUUCAGUGGAUCUGAUUUCGCGUUUCAGUGUAUCGAAGGAACAGCACACCGUCAGCUAUGCUUGAUCGAUACUUUACUCAACGCUGGUCCAGACCCAUCCGUCAGUGUUACUUUCGGCUCUGGAAGCACAUUAGCUGCAGCUGCGUUUCAUGGUAGAUUGCACCACGCUCGUGCUCUUCUGGAUCAGGAGACGCUUGAGGUCGAACAAGAACAAAGAGCUCUCUUUCGAAUUGCUUUGUUCGCUAUGAUGAGCGGACACCUAGGUAUCGUAUCUCAAAAAUCUCCCGAUACGCAGAGAAAGCCUUUUGGUAGCGAAUGCCUUUGUCCAAAAUAUCUCAAGGUUCUUCUAUGCCUGUUUGAGGGGGAUUUGAGCGCUUACAUGCCAAUCUAUGACUUCUUAGAUCCGUUGAUCCCUCUCGUAUAUAUCAAUGGAGAGGGAUAUGAGAUCAGCAAUUGUUGUCGCUUAUACGCGGAAGGCUACUUCGGAUGCUUGACUCGGCUUUGGUUUUCUAUCAUGUGGGAUCUACAAAACAGCACAUCGCCACAACUCCCUCUUCGCUCGCAACUUCGACGAUGGCGAUUUCCUGGAACAUUGCCGCCUACGGUUACUAUCGUCGCAAGACUGACGGCACUUUCCAGCGCUCGGCCAAAUUACUUGAUCAAGUUUUCCCUUCACGGCCAUUAUUCUCAGCUCAUUAUUGCUCGAGUACCCAUGAAGGUCCGCAGGUCAUUGAACCAUAUAUCAGACGACAAGAGAUGGAAAAGAUACAAGCCUGAGAGUUUUGGGGUCAUAGGAUACCCAGAUCAUGAUUUAGGAGUUGAAGCAUCGAAUACUGAAGUUGCGAUUGCACCUCGCAAGUUUGAGGUCUAUCAGGACUCACUUCACGGCAACAGUAUUGUUUGGAUUUUCCUUGCGUUGAUUAUUGGAUUGUUUUCUUAUUUUUUUGCUCUACCUCUGUCAAUACGGGAGACUUAG